AUGACUUGUAAAUUUAUUACCAAAAAAGACACGCAAUGCACCAGAGAAGCAAAAAAGGGUGAUUACUGCACUCAGCACCAUAACAUCAUCCAAAUAAAAAUGUAUAAGAAGGAACUAUCUAUAAUCCAUAAGAAAAACAGAAUACUGUCUGAGGAGAAUAAGGAACUGCAAAAAUAUAAACAUCAGAUUAACACGAUAAACGAAUUUGACCUCAUCAAACAACAAUUGAUUCAGAUUAAUCCUUAUAUGAAGUUUAAGUAUCUAAUUGUUGAUAGACGAUACCAAUCUCGCUUGGAAGAAGUAUUCAAUGUUCCGUUUGAUCAGAUCGAAAAAAAAUAUCGAAAACUUCUAUAUGAAAGAAAUGACUUGUGUCACCCCUACACUAGUAGAUACUGGUGA